CGCGGCAGCGGCGGGGCGGGAGAGGCGAUGGAGCGGCGGGAGGUGCCGGCGGUACCGGUGGUAUCGGUGGUACCGGUGGUGCGGCGGGCCGGGGUAGGACGGGAGGAGUUCCUGAGAGACAUCUACCCCCAGAGGAAGCCUGUGGUGCUGACAGGACUGGAGCUGGGCCCUUGCACCACCAAAUGGACAGUGGAUUACCUGAGCCAAGCUGAAGGAUCCAAAGCAGUAAAGAUUCAUGUUUCUGGGGUGCCACAGAUGGAUUUCCUCAGUAAGAACUUUGUGUAUAGAACUCUGCCUUUUGACGUGUUUGUCCGAAGAGCAGCUGAAGUCAAGCACAAGGAGUACUUUCUUUCUGAGGAUGAGAAGUACUACCUGCGCUCCGUGGGGGAAGAUGCCAGGAAGGAUAUUGCAGAUAUCAGAAAGCAGUUUCCUGUUCUGGCAGAAGAUGUUCAGAUUCCAGAAUACUUUGAGAAGGAACAGUUCUUCUCGAGUGUUUUCCGCAUCAGCUCAGCUGGGUUGCAGCUGUGGACACAUUAUGAUGUAAUGGAUAACUUCUUAAUCCAAGUAACAGGGAAAAAACGAGUUGUUUUGUAUAGUCCUCGAGAUGCACCCUAUUUGUAUUUAUCAGGGAGUAAAUCCGAGGUGCUGGAUGUGGAUAACCCAGACCUAGAGAAAUAUCCCCUUUUUGGGAAAGCCAAACGCUACCAGUGCCUGCUGGAAGCAGGAGAUGUGCUGUUUAUUCCAGCUUUGUGGUUCCACAAUGUCAUUUCUGAGGAAUUUGGAGUGGCACUGAAUGUCUUUUGGAAGCACCUUCCUGCUGAGUCCUACGAUAAGAGUGAUACUUAUGGAAAUAAAGACCCCACAGCAGCCUCUAGGGCUAUACAGAUCCUGGACAGGGCUUUGAAAACACUUGAAGAACUUCCUGAGGAAUACAGGGACUUCUAUGCCCGGAGAAUGGUGUUACGGAUCCAAGAAAAAGCCUAUAGGGAUGAUUAUGGAUAAAAUAAUACAUUGUAGGGCAGCAAGCUCCUGUGGCAGUAGAGAGUUGUAUGUUAGGAUUGGAAACUGUCCAUGUGUAUAUAUACACUGUGUAAGAAUAAUAAAAACUAAGUUGAUAAACCUUG